UGGGGGAUAAUCCAGUGCUCCAGGUUGCAAGAUACAAUUGCAUGCGCUCUACUCUACCUUGGUUCAGGUGAAAGAAAAUCUAUGUGUGUGCGCGAGACUUAGUGGUGAAAGCGCCAAAGCUGCAACACCCCCUUCAAUCCCUAAUUCCCCAUCGAUUCUGCUCUCAGGGUAUUGCGUGGUCUGUAGAGAAUGGGAAGCAAUGGUACUGAGAAGAUCCCUAGCAAUAACAACACUGAAAGUUCAGAAACCACUAUUGAGAUAAAGAUUAAAACAUUGGAUUCACAAACUUACACCCUAAGAGUGGAUAAACAGAUGCCAGUCCCUGCUCUAAAAGAACAGAUUGCUUCUGUAACUGGAGUGUUAUCAGAACAGCAGCGCUUAAUUUGCCAAGGAAAAGUUCUAAAGGAUGACCAACUCCUGUCAGCCUACCAUGUUGAAGAUGGUCACACCUUGCAUAUGGUUGUAAGGCAACCUGGUCUACCACCACCAGGAAGUUUGCCCAAUCAUUCAGUGACUGAACCAAAUUCAAGCACAAGCCAUGGCCACAGUAAUCAAAAUCAAGUAGCCCCUGGUGUAUUUGUUGAAACUUUCAACGUGCCCAUUCAGGGUGAUGGAGUUCCUCCUGAAAUCAAUAGGAUUGUUUCUGCUGUUCUAGGAUCUAUUGGACUUUCAAAUUUUGCAAGUGGUGGUGAAGGGAUUGAUGUCAGGGAACAUGAGUUCCAAGGCUUUGGAAGAAAUUCGGGUCCUAUUGGAAUAUCUCAUUCAUCUCAUCCUCAAUCUGAACAAGCUGGUUUGCGGAUUUUGUCUGAUAGAUCGCGUAAUACUUUUGGACUUCCAGCAGCAGUUUCUCUAGGAUCUUUGCAGCCUCCUGUUAUUCCUGAUUCUUUAACAACUUUGUCCCAAUACCUAAGUCACAUAAGCCAUGAAUUUGAUGCAAUUGUCAGGGAAGGGGGGAAUAAUGUCCAAGCAGCUGAGGCUCAUACGAAUGAAGAAAUGGGGUCUGUUUCAUCACGUAUGAGUUCAACACCAGAAGGGCUUUCAUCACCCGCAUCCUUGGCAGAAGUCUUGCUUUCUACCAGACAAAUGAUCAUUGAACAAGCUGGGGAGUGCCUACUUCAACUUGCAAGACAGCUGGAGAAUCAAGCAAAUGUAACUGAUCCCUUGCUGCGGUCAAGCACUCAGUCUUGGGCUAUGAGGACUGGAGUUUUGUUUUAUAACCUUGGUGCAUUUUUACUUGAGCUUGGUCGCACAACCAUGACAUUGCGUUUGGGUCAAACGCCGUCUGAAGCCAUAGUUAAUGGUGGGCCUGCAGUUUUUAUAUCCCCAUCUGGUCCUAACCAUAUCAUGGUUCAGCCUCUUCCUUUUCAACCCGGAGCAAGCUUUGGUGCUGUCCCUGUGGGAGCUGCACAAUCUAUCCCAAGCUUUGGUAGUGGACUUAGCUCAAGUUUUUUCCCAAGGCGUAUUGAUAUACAGAUACGACGAGGUACAUCAGCAACCACACCCAAUGACAAUCAAGAAGAGCGGGGUGACACACAAUCUGCUUCAGUACAACGAAAUCCAGGUGAAAGUUCCGUUAAUCAAGCAACCUCUAGGCGUCCGGAUACAUCUAUUGCUGGGGAACCAGGAGUACGGAUAGUGCCAAUUAGAACCAUGGUUGCAGCUGUACCAGGUCCCUUAGGUCGUCCGCCUUCAGAACCAUCUGGUAAUUCUAUAGGGCUUUACUAUCCAGUUCUUGGUAGAUUUCAAAAUAUAUCUUCCGGGCAUGCAAAUAGUGAACAGGGAUCUCAACCACCAAGUCAGCAUCAUGCUGUGCAACAGUCAACUCCUGAAUCCACUUUGCAAAGGCAGAGCAUGGAGGAUUCUGCAAGGAAUGGAUCCUUACCAACUCCAAGCACGAGGCAAGAGCCAUCAAAUUCUCGUGUUGUGAAUAUCAAUAUUAUGGCAGCUGGUGGGUCCCAAAACAACCAAGAACCUGAGAGACAGAUACCUAGCAAUGUACUUCAGUUUUUAAGGGCACUCUUUCCUGGUGGAGAAAUUCAUGUCGAAGAUUCAAAUUUACAAGGAACAACUGCGGGUUCUACCUCAGGGCAUGCUGCAACAUCAAGGGGUGCUGUCCAGUUAUCAACAGAAGCAGAACCCAGCGUUAGCGAUGAAGGAAUAUUUUUGUCUAAUUUACUCCGCGAGAUCAUGCCUGUCAUAUCUCAACAAUUAGGAUCUGAGGGAAAUCCUUCUGAAGAUCAAAUGGCUCAAGAUUCUUCGACCCAGGUUGAAACUGAUGUUGGGACUUCGCGCAGACAGAGUGAUUCUGAACCAAGCCCCCCAAAUCCAAAACGUCAAAAGAUGGAGUGAUAUGCGGUCGUGGAAGAUUGUGAUCAUAACAAUCAUAGUUCAGGGCGGAUCUCUUGAUGUCAAUUUGGUUUUAUGUGCUUAUUUUGUUAUCUGUAUCAAGCAUGAUUUCACUUUCUCCAGCUGUAGACAAUCCUUAAGAAGACUGUUCUUCGAAUGUGAUAUCUUGCUGUACCUACCAUAUUGGCAUUGGAAACGAGCUUCCCUUCUGUUCAUUUUGUGCCUGGAAUUGGGAAUAGAAUUCAACGUUAGAAAUUGGCCAUCAUAUAAAACUUCCAUUUGGUAUGUUUCAAAAUUAAA